GUCCCCUUCUACACCACGCCAGCCUCGACCCGGUUUUCUUUUUUUGGUGAAUCAUGGAGAGGAUAUUUCUUAUACUUCUUCUCCUGGUUGCAUCAUCAAGUGUUUCAGUUUAUUCAUACAAUGUACAAUCAAUUUUCACAUUCGGAGACUCCAUUUUCGAUGCUGGAAACAAUCACUUCAACAAGAACUGCACCGCACAGGCUGAUUUCCCACCUUACGGUUCAAGUUUCUUCCACCAACCCACCGGUAGAUUCACCAAUGGCAGAACGGUUGCUGAUUUCAUUUCUGAAUUUAUUGGCAUUGAUCUCCAAAAACCAUAUCUGGAAGCACAGAUUGAGGUCAUGAAUGGAAGUAGGAAAGCUUACCCCUCCAAUGGAAUCAACUUUGCUAGUGCUGGCAGUGGCUUUCUGCAAGAAACAAACAAGGAUUUUGGAGUGAUUCCAAUCCAAGAACAGCUACUACAGUUUCAAACAUCAGUGAAACAAAACCAAAUUGACAAAACUUCAAUCCAAAAUUCAAUCUUCUUCCUGGAGUCCGGUUCCAACGACAUAUUCAAUUACUUCCUGCCCUUUGAUCCUCCAAAACUUGAUCCAAAUGCCUAUGUGCAGUCAAUGCUAAAAGAAGCAGCAAACCUGAUAGACCAAAUCUACAAACUUGGGGCGCGCCGAAUUGCUGUCUUUUCACUAGGCCCUGUAGGUUGUGUUCCAGCAAGAGCCAUCUUGCCUCUUGCACCGGUCGAUAGAUGUUAUGGAAAGAUCAAUGUGAUGGUUAAGAAAUUCAACAGUGGAUUGGAGAGUUUGGUCAAAGAUAUUCCCACCAAGUACCCUGGUGCCAUUGGAGUUUAUGGAGCAGUUUAUGACAUUGUUCAGCGUUUUCGAGCAGUUCCCACAAACUAUGGCUUUUCUGAUGUCGUAAACGCGUGUUGUGGCUAUGGACCUCUUGGAGGAUUAGUGCAAUGUGGCAAAGAGGGUUACAAGAUUUGUCCAAAUCCCAACUCAUUCUUGUUCUGGGAUUACUUUCAUCCCUCUGAGCAUACCUAUGAACUGAUCUCAAAGGCCUUAUGGGUUGGCGACACGUCUCGAAUCAGGCCAAUUAAUCUGAAGAAUCUAGCCAACCCUGCCUCCUUCAACUAAAGAAUAUUGAGAAGCAGAACAACUAUUUCAUUCAAAUUUAUUUCAAUUGGACUAGCAGCUUACCUGUUCUUUCUUGGUAUAAAAUCUCAAGA